ACGUGGCGUGCCAACUUUUGGUUUGUUUUGUCAAAUAUUUAAUUUAAGAUUUCGAUCGAAUCUUAACAUGGGCUCUGGUACAAUGAUGACUAUACAACUAUUUCAUUGUCAAUGUCUGCAAACUUUUAGACCCUCGUGUUUUGGGUGGAAAUUCUUUGACAACGCUUGAAUGAAUACUCCUUUACAGCUAUUACAGAAUAAGUGUUCCUGUGAUGCGUGAACCAGAUAUGGAUCGAGCUGUUGGAUAAAAUUCGCCGAAAUAGAAAAAUUUUAUGUUGACCAGAAGUUUUUGAAAUAGUCCAUAUCGGGUGAUUCCUUGUGAUUCACUCGAACCUUAAAUGUUUGUUAUGGCAUCUCAAUGGAUCUUGUUUGUAUUCUUUUGAACGUGCUCAUGUCAUUUUCAAAGUUGUGAAGGGAUCUCAAAAUGGCGCUUUUGCAGCUCUUCAUCACCGCAUCAGUUCCAGUCUUGAAAGUGCUCUUGAUUACUGCACUUGGGUCUUAUCUUGCACUGGAUAGUGUCGAUAUAUUGGGGGAAGAUGCUAGGAAGCAUUUGAAUACUGUUGUAUUUUAUGUAUUUAAUCCAGCCCUUGUGUCCACCAAACUUGCUCAAACGAUAACAAGCGAGAGCAUGGUCAAGUUGUGGUUUAUGCCAAUCAAUAUACUCUUCACAUUUAUAAUUGGCUCAGUUCUUGGAUGGAUAGUUGUCCUAGUUACAGGAGCUCCUUCACACCUGAGAGGCCUCAUUGUGGGUUGCUGCGCUGCAGGAAAUUUGGGGAACAUUCUUCUCAUUAUCAUCCCAUCAGUUUGUAAAGAAAAAGGAGGGCCAUUUGGAGAUCCUGAUGUCUGUCAAACAUAUGGAAUGGCUUAUGUUUCACUUUCAAUGGCGAUAGGAGCCAUUUAUCUGUGGUCUUACGUGUAUAAUAUUGUGCGGAUAUCUUCAAGGAGUAGCACCAGAGAAUCAGAAGUGAAUGAAUUCUCUAUCAGUAAGCCUGCCAGACAAUCCUCCACAUCAGACCUUGGGGUCAUAGAGCCACUACUUUCAUCCUCCAAGGAAUUCUUGAUACCUGAGAACAAUAAAGAUCAAUAUGCACUGCCCUGCACUAGAUCAGACGUAGCGAGAUCUGAGGUUUCAGUUUCAGAUAAAGCAAAGCAACAUAUAUCAAUGCUGUUGAGAAAGAUUAAUCUAAAGACGAUAUUUGCCCCUUCAACUAUUGGAGCGAUUGUUGGGUUUACAAUUGGACUCAUUCCUGAUAUCCGAAAGUUAAUGAUUGGUGAAGGUGCUCCUCUUCGAGUAAUCCAAGACUCUGCUUCCUUGUUGGGAGAUGGAGCCAUCCCAGCUGUCACUCUAAUAGUCGGUGGAAACCUUCUCAAAGGUUUGAAAGGGCCAGGAAUUCAGAAAUCACUGAUCAUUAGCAUCGUAGUCGUUCGUUACAUUGCUCUGCCUCUGACAGGGAUUUUCAUCAUUAAAGGUGCACAUCAAAUUGGUUUGGUGCACUUCGAUCCAUUGUACCAGUUUAUUCUUUUGAUCCAAUAUGCAGUUCCCCCUGCUAUGAAUAUAGGAACCAUCACACAGCUGUUUGGAGCAGGAGAGAGUGAGUGCUCUGUAAUCAUGUUGUGGACUUAUGCCUUGGCUUCAAUUUCACUUACUUUCUGGUCAACCUUCUUCAUGUGGCUCGUGGCUCCUUAGCCUCUGCUAAAAAAAUCCACACACACACACACACACCAAGUAAUAAGUUUUGGCAAUUUUUUCUGAUUUAGAAAAGAAUGUAAUCUCAUAUGAGGGAAUGGUCUGACUUAACUCGAAAGCUGAUUUUAUUAACCCUCCUUAUAAAUUCAUUCAGAUUUGGAUUCCUUCUGUA